AUGGCCUCGCAGACUCAAGGUAUUCAACAGUUGCUGGCUGCGGAAAAGAGAGCUGCAGAGAAGAUAAAUGAAGCCAGGAAAAGGAAAUUUCAGCGUAUGAAGCAGGCAAAGCAAGAAGCCCAAGCUGAAGUAGAGAAGUAUCGUCAGGAACGUGAACGUAAGUUCAAGCAGUACGAACAAACUUAUCUUGGGACUAAGGAGGAUAUCGAGAGCAAAAUUCGCCGUGAUACCGAAAAUGAGAUAGAAGCCAUGAAGAAGAAUGUUGCUGCCCACAAGCAGCAGGUUAUUGUGCGUCUGCUACAACUAGUGUGUGAUAUUAGACCGGAACUACAUCAUAAUCUGAUUCUUCAGAAGAAACUUCACGGACAGUUCUCAUAA